AUGGCGACAACAUCCAUAUACAAAUUGGCCGACGGUCGCGAUCUGUCGUACGCCACAUACGGGUCGGAGUCUAGUACAGCUCCGGUGGUCUUCUACUUCCAUGGCUUCCCCGCCAGCCAUCCGGAGGCGCUGAUGUAUGACGCCGCGGCCAAAAAGCAUGGUAUCCGCCUCGUCGCGGUAGAUCGCCCCGGGAUGGGCUCGUCAACAUUCCAACCCAAGCGUCGCUUUUUGGACUGGCCUGCAGAUCUUUUGGCACUCGCGGACCAUUUGAACGUACAAAGGUUCGCCCUUCUAGGCACGUCAGGGGGCGGACCAUAUGUGUUCGCAUGUUGGCGUGAGAUCCCACGCUCUCGGUGCGUAGGAGCAGGCAUCGUGUCGAGUCUUUACCCAACGAGUUUGGGUACUGCUGGCAUGCUCCUUGAGGCCCGCGUUUUGCUCUGGGUUGCACCUUGGCUUACAGGCCUCGUCGCAAUGGGGCUAGAUAAAGGACUCGGAGUCAUGGCGAGGGACAAGGAACAUCCCGAAAAGUUCGAACAGGCUGUUGCCGACAACCUCAAAUCGCGGCCGCCGGUAGACCGAGCUCUCUGGGAGAACGAUGUGGGAAAUUUCCGGAAGAGCCUUGUGGAGAGUCUCAGAGGAGCGUUGCAGAAUGGUGGGCAGGGUGCUGCUUGGGAGGCAAGGAUGCUCGGCAGUAAUUGGGAUUUUAAACUUGAGGAGCUCCAGGUUUCGCCCGGGCAAUUGAUUAUAUGGCACGGCGCCCAUGAUAUCAACGUGCCAGUACCGAUGGCGGAGAAGGCUGCAAAACUGAUCCCACAUGCACAGUUGCGACUUUCACAGGAAGACGGCCACGCUAGUUUACCCACGAACAAGGCAGACGAGAUUCUGGAGAGCCUCGCCAUGAUGCUUUCUCAGAAGUAA